UCCCUGGAAAUGACUGACCGCUGCUUCUUUACUGCAGAUGGGGGACAUACUCAUACCUAGCCUUAUGGUUGGAGACUGCUCUCAUAGCUUGUGUGUGCAUGCCUCUAGGCUUUGGGAAUUCCUUGAUCCUCAGGAUGACAGUAGGCUCCUGCAUACUGAUCUUGUUUUGCUUGAUGAAGAGGGAAACAGCAUACAUGCCCAGAUCUAUCCUCCGUUAUGCCAACAGUUCAGUGCGCUGCUUGAUGAGGGAGCGGUAUACAACCUGAAGUAUUUCUUAGUCAGGAAAGCUAACAAGUUCUACAAACCGGUUGAAAACUGCAACAUGAUCAGCUUUACAAAGUGGACUACGGUUGAAGUUGUCCUCCAGAUCCCCCCUGCUUUUCCGGUUUGCACAUAUAACCUCACUCCCAUAGAACAACUCCAAGCGCGUGUGGACUACAAGGAAUAUUUCACAGAUGUGGUCGGUGUUGUCAGUGUGAUCUCCCAUGUUUCAUCGUUGCGCACAAGGGGACGACAUGCUGAGGGAUACUGGGCCAACCGUUGA